AUGUCAUUUCUCCCCUUCCUUUUAAUCCACCAUCCCUGCCUCCAUUUCCACCUGCCCUACAGCCUACGUAUCUAUCCGCCCAAACACCUACCAUUCAUCUAUAUAUCUAUCUAUCCAUUUUGUCCCGUUCUGACAGUAACAUCACAGCUCUCUCCCACUUGUAGGCUGCCCACUCUUUGGAGCUGUAUUCUGGAGCCGCUGUCACUAGCUCGUCUGAAAUUCGGUUGGCAUGCCUGCCAGAUACAAGAUUUUCGCUAUUUUCAAGCGAUCCGUCUUAGGACAGCAGCCACAGUCUUAAGAUUCAUUUAUGUAAUACAUGGACAUUGCUCCACCUUGAGAAAUCGCUCUCCAGACAUCAGUCCACAAGGCUCACCUGCCAGACGCAAUGACAGUCUGUUCUCUUUCUCUAUUUCUCCCUCCUUUCCUGCUCCUUUCUGUUUCUACGCCCAUCUCCAUGUCCCCCGGAUUGUGCGCUUUGCUCGCCGCUUUUUGAGUAACUUCCUCCCUUGGCCACGAUACCGACAAGCCGAUGUCAAGACUAGUCAGCCUGAAGAUUGCCUGGACUGUGACAGUUUACGGCAGAUGAGAGCGGCUGCCUCGUGUCUUUCGCUUUCACUGCCUCUCUUUGCUGCCAGAGCGACGAAUGUUUGCUUGACGUGUGGUUCAUAG